AUAUUCAUCCAAGUAGCAAGUGGCAGCACAUGUACUAGUCAACACGGUGGCAAGUCAAAAAUUUAUUGUAACAGGUAAUAAUUUAAGAUGCCUCCCAAGAAGGACACGAAAGGCGGCAAGGAUAACGCAAAAGGUGGAAAAAAACCUGCUGCAGAGGAUAAAUGUGCCGGUAAAGAGAAGAAAGGUGGCAAUGCUGUGAAGGUGAGACACAUUCUCUGCGAGAAGCAGGGCAAAAUUAUGGAGGCAAUGGAAAAAUUAAAAGCAGGUCAGAAAUUUCCUGAAGUGGCAGCUGCCUACAGUGAAGACAAAGCUCGUCAAGGCGGGGACUUAGGCUGGCAAAUACGCGGUGCAAUGGUCGGGCCAUUUCAGGAUGCAGCUUUCGCUCUGCCCAUAUCCACGGUCAACAGCCCCGUUUACACAGAUCCACCGAUAAAGACUAAAUUUGGCUAUCACAUAAUCAUGGUCGAGGGAAAGAAAUGAAUAAUGAUUUUAUAAAUCGUAUUUAUUGUGAGCAUAUUGAUAUUUUUUUAUAAAAACAAAAAUUCAAA